GAUUCCAAAGAUUAAGUUAGGCGAAAAGAAAAAUCGGAAAAUAGGCGCAUUUCGGAAAACAAAGAAAAAAAUGGCACAAUUUGACCUCCAACCCAGUAUCUUAUAACGGUCAACCUGGCGAAUGCGUGCGGCCCAUUUUUCUCACCGGGUCAGGGUCAAAGUGGGUCAACGGGUUGACAACGACGAGGCUAUCAGUAAUGGGUCUCAUUAAAUAAGCCCAUACCCGAUUCCGUGGCUCAGCCCAACGGUGAUGACUCUUGUUCAGUUGUUCUUGUACCAUAUCUAUAUCCACAUUCUCCCUUUCCGUGUGGUUGUUUUGCUGAUCAUGGAGUCCCUUUCCAUGAUCCUCUCAUCAUCGUCUCCACCUCUCCUCCAAACCCACUCUAAACCCCUCAAAUCCGCCAUAGUAGUACCCACCUCAAACUCCAAUCAUCUCCAUAUCCCCUCCCAAUUCAGAAAAUCAUCUCUUUCGUUUACCGCCAUUCACCUCUUCUCCCCUAGUCUCCCUUCCCUCGCCGCCGAAACCCCGGCCGACCAAGUCUCAGACAAAAUCAACUUGGAAUCCGUCCUAGUAUCCAUCGACGAUUUCUUCACCCGCUACCCAUUCUUCGUCUCCGGUUGCUUGUUCAUUUGGUUGGUUGUUAUCCCUGUUGGUCAACAGUACUUGAGGAAGUACAGAUAUCUCUCCGCCAUUGAUGCGUUUCGGAAGCUCAGGGACAAUUCCGAAGUGCAGCUUCUGGAUAUCAGGGAUGAGAAGAGCGUGGAGGGUUUGGGUUCGCCUAAUUUGAAGAUUUUGAAUAAGAGUGUGGUUCAAGUCGAGUUUGUGAAGGAUGUCGACGAAGAUGGGUUUGUGAAGAAAGUGUUGGGGAAGUUUCGGGAGCCGGCAAAUACAGUGCUUUGCAUUCUAGACAAUGCUGAUGAUAAUUCAUUGCGAGCAGCGGAGUUGUUGGUAAAGAAUGGAUUCAAAGAGGCCUAUGCUAUAAAGGGCGGAGUCCGAGGCAAAAAAGGAUGGGUGGCUAUACAGAAAACAAUGUUGCCGCCUUCUGUUGGUAUGUUCAGCAAGAACAAGGCUAGCAGAACCUCGGUCAAUGAUAGCAAUGGUGCUGCUGCUGCUGCUUCGGUUUCUCCAAAUCAGAAAGAGGGGAAUGGCCGUUUACCUGUGAAAGCUGCAUCGAAUACAAGAGUAGAUUCUAGGUCUCCCUAUCCCAAUUAUCCAGAUUUGAAGCCACCGUCUUCCCCGAUUCCUUCAAAACCAGGCAAUUGAGGCUGCAAGUCCAUUACAUCUUUGGAGGCAGCAAACAUUUUCUUUCUUCCCACUUUUCCUUCUCCAGUGUAGUGUAAACGAAUUGCUUGGUUGUUCAUUCGUUUGUUAGAAAGUUGACAACUUGGUUCUUUUUUGUAUCAUAUGAGAAUAUGUACCCGUUUGAUGAAAGCUUGAAGCAAGAGGCUUUUAUAGAGAAUCUGGAAAAAUCAUAAACUGCUACAUUUUCA